AUGUUCCCAUCUUCUUACUACACAUGGGACUCGGACAGCGAAGUCUGGCAGCCCAUGAUCAAGUCAACGACAUCUCCAGCCAACCACCAAGCCCAGUUUUCCGCCGUCACCACGCUGGCUCUGUACAGCUGGAACAUUGGCUUCAUGCUGCCAUUCGCCGAAGCACGAAUGAGUGCUUCAUUGGCUCACCUCGAGGAAGUCACCAAACAGCUCGCGUCCACAACGGCCGUUGCCACCAACCUUCAAGAAUGCCAUCCCUCCGACCUCGUCAACAUCAGCCAAAAGCAAUGGGCCCAAGAGAGGUUCCAUAUGGCCGCAACGUACCCGCACCUGGAUGAGGAACUAGCGGGUGCCAUCAUCGCCGGCGACUUCAACGCCAUCCAGCCUUUCGACGCCACCCUCCACUCAAACAACGACCUCAAGGAUGCCUAG